AUGGUAAAAGGUGGACAAAGAUAUUCUUCUAGGAGCAAUGACGGCAAAUGGUUUGCUCACCAGGCUUUGCACGAGAGGGAGACGAGAUCUCGUGAAACGUGUACAACCACUGGGAUUAUGCUCAGUCAGGUUAAGACACCUCAGGCUUUGAACUCAGAGCGCUACCCUAAAAGGCACACUCGGCAGACAUCCAGUGAGUAUCCGUUCUCUUGUCAUGACAACAAGUAUAGUUUUAAAGACAGCAUGGAUGUCUUUUCAAAUGGUGUUGGACGGAGAAAGUGUCCUGAUUAUCGCAGCGAGCACAACUCCCAGUUAAGCCUGUGCCAAGAUGAAGCCAGUAACGGCAACGGGGGGACCAGCGUCUACCAAAAGGACUUUAAAGAAAAGGCAGCUGCUAAUGUUGAUCACAGAACAAGGCGGUUUAGCCGCAAUCACAAGUUGAGGUCGGAGGAGGCAGCUUUGGAAACGAAGGAGCAGUUCAUGUGGUUCGGACGGGGCAGCUCGGAUGUCAAAGAGACCUCGGAAGUGUCGACAGUCCCCUCCAAACCCCUGAAAUAUCCCUACGUUUAG